ACCUUUUCACAGGAUGACGACCGAGACGCUGCAUCGCUUUGUCGAGCCGCGCCACUUUGCCGUGAAGGAGCUCGCGACGCACUGCACCGUGUGCACGGGCGAGUACACCAACUGGCAGCGCAAGCACAACUGCGCCAUGUGCGGCGAGGUCGUCUGUGCCCAGUGCAUGGACGUGCGGUCCAUCACAGUGCCCAACAAGGGCGCGGCCAAGGUCUCUGUCUGCUUUGCGUGCACCGUGCGCUGCGAGCACAAGUACCACUGCGACACCAAGCGCGCAGCCGGCGACGACCAAGAGCCCGUGAACGAGGCGCCGGCCGAGCAUACCUACACGGCGUCGAUGGCGCUCAUGGACAAGCGCGAGUUCCUCCGCGUCGACGCGCUCUUCCACUACUACAAGGGCUGCCCAGAGCACAACCACGAGAAGCCCGUGCUCACGAUCGAGUGCAUCGCACCCGUCGAUGCGUGGGUGCUUGACGUCCACAGGCACCAGUGCGUUGCGUGUGCGCGCAAGUUUAGCACACUCUUGCGGAAACACCACUGCCGCAUCUGCGGCGAAGUUGUCUGUAAAAACUGCAUCCAGUCCAAGAGCGCGCUCUCGACUGGCACCGACCGCGUCAACAUCCAAGUGUGCAAACUGUGUUUUCUGAAGUACUAUUUUGUCAACUAACGUCCAAUUAUUGUCCAUGUCCUGUGUACGUU